UGCUCUUUCUCCCCAACCGGGUGUGAGAGAUAACAAGCAUCUCAACAUCAAGCACUACAGUCUCUACGAAGACAACAAGGGCAUUCAUACCACUUAGGGUUGACGAAUACUCUAGAGUUUCCUUCGAAGGAGCCCCUUUGCAGACAUUAUGCCUGGCAAUAGAUACCCCAGCGAGCGAUAGCGGCGGAACCACGAUCGACACGCGCGUGACGGAGCUGUCCAAGAGGCUGGAGGAGCAGAGCAAGGUGCUGUCGGCUGUCAUGGAGGAGCUAGGGCAACUCCAGAUGCCGCCUGCAAGGGCGGCGGGGGCAGAAGGAGGGAGUCAAGCGGCGCUGGCAACGCCGCAGGGCGCGGAGGAGCCGCGCCGGGCACACGGUUUGGGGUGCCACCCGGUGGAGUCGGGGGAGUAGGUCCCCCGGGCCACCCAUCCGCUGGCCCCCCGCUGGGAAUUCAUGCGCAGGGAGCUUGGAUGCAGGGGAUGAUGGACAAGAUGUCAUCGCUGCUGGAGGCAAAGUCAGAUUGCGGAAGCCGAGGGGGGUCAGGCGGUGCUGGGAGACGCACCGCAUCCUGCUGUGGGAUUGUCGGGAUCUCGCCGCCACAGGCAGCUGCUUAUUAGAGCUGCACGCUGCGGCUGGCGUUAGGACAGAUGACGCCGCUGGAAGCGAGAGCACCAGUAGAUCGGGCACGGAAGGCGCUUCCAUUUCAUGAUGUCCGCGGGCGAUGAAAACUUUGUCUGGGGCAGAAUAAAAGGGGUACGCGGUACCAGGUGUACCAAAGGAGGGGAUGCAGCAUAGGCGCUCCCCACAACCGAUGAAAAUACACUUACAGAGAUAAAUCAGUAUCAAGCGUGUCGGUUGAACAGAAGGGGUACUCAGGACCAGGUGUAUCAAAUGAGGGGAUGCAGCACAAGCGCUCCCCGCAGUCGAUGAAAGAUUCACGCACAGAGGUAAACCAGUAUCUAGCGUGUCGGCUGAAAUGAAGGGGUACAAGGAACAGGUGUAUCAAAGCCGAUUGGAAACUCACGCCCAGGGGUGAAACAGUAUCCAGCGUAAAAGAAAAGGGGUACACAGGACCCGGUGUAUCGAAGUUGUAGAUACCAGCGCAGUUAAAAUUGUGCAGGUGUCAGCAUGAGGUGGAAAUGGGGAGGGGAGAACACUGUUG